AUGUUUCUUCAUCAAACUCGCUCACUUUUUGCAUUAUGUGGAGUAAUUUUUUGGGGAUCAUACAGUGUUUUUUCUGCUUGUAUUUAUUGCUCAUGAAUGGUGUGUUUGGUGUUGAUGGAUAUGAAGUGAAGUCAGUGUCAGUGAUGGAGGGAGAUUCUGUUACUCUACACACUGAUAUUACUCAAAUACAGAGAGAUGAUCACAUACUGUGGAAGUUUGGACCUAAAGAGACUCGUAUAGCUGAAAUCUAUAAGAAAAGCAUUGAUAUGUUUGACAGUGUUGAGAUAUUUGGAGACAGACUGAAUCUGGACAAUCAGACUGGAUCUCUCAUCAUCACAAACUUCAACAUCACAAACACUGGACUUUAUAAACUACAGAUCAUCAACAACAAAGGAACUUCAUACAAGAGAUUUAAUGUUACUGUCUAUGCUCUUCUGCCCGUUCCUGUCAUCAUCAGAAGCUCUUCAGACUGUUCAUCAUCAUCAGAAAGAUCAUCAAGUUCAAAAUGUGUGUUGUUGUGUUCAGUGUUGAAUGUGAGAGAUGUGAGAGAUGUGAGUCUGUCCUGGUAUAAAGGAAACAGUUUAUUGUCCAGCAUCAGUGUGUCUGAUCUCAACAUCAGACUCUCUCUGGAGGUUGAAUAUCAUGACAACAACACAUACAGCUGUGUGGUGAACAAUCCUCUCAUAAAUCAAACUCAACAUCUCAACAUCAAUCAUCUCUGUCAGACGUGUUCAGGUAUAGUGCAGAUAUGCAAGUUAAUUUGACUGAAUUAUAUUUUUGUUUAUUUGUAAAGAAGUGCACAUUAAUGUAUUAGUGUUGUUAUUUUUUAGGCCGCACUCCCUGUUGCAGUUUAACAGAAACUGUGAUACGAUUGGUCAUCUCUGCUAUGGUGGGCGUGGCUGCUGUGACUGUAGUGGUUUAUGAACUGAGAUCAUAGACAUCAGAGGACACCAGAGGGCGAUAGUAUGGGUGGGUGUUGUGUACUUUGUGACAUUUGUGAAAUUUGUUUCUUGCACAAAAAUCACAAUUAUUCUGCUUGAUUUCUCUUGGUGAAUUUCAUGUAAAUACUACAUUGUCUAUAGUCAUCAUUCAGUAUCAUGGUAUUUCAGGGUAUCUUGAUACACAAAUACAUCACAGUACAGUGUACUAGAACAUUAGGGGGGCCUUUAUUCUUGUUAAAUAAUUACUUUAUUCUCGCAUUUUAAUGACUUUAAUCUCGAGAUGGUUUUAUUUUUUAUUUGAGGCUUGGCCCUAAUCCUCCUUGGAUAAU